AGCUAUGCUACCGGGCCCAAUCAACAGAGGCAAUCAUGGCGGACUUUCAUCAAGGAAGCUAGCUAAUCUGCUUUUACCUAUCUCUUUCAUUUUUAUGUGUUAUAUUUUGAGCUGUUUUCCUUGGAGUUAUGGCCGAGUUUCAGGCAGUGAUAAUGGCGGCUGGCACUGGGUCUCGUAUGUUUCCUUUGACUGAGAAAAUCCCUAAAGCCUUGUUACCUGUUGGAAAUUUGCCUCUGAUAUGGUACCCAAUUAAUUUGCUCGAUAAAGCAGGAUUUGAAGAGAUAAUUAUUGUAGUGUUAGACUCAGCCUUGCCGAGAUUUCACCAGCUUCUGCCAAUUGUCUGUAAUCCUAAACUGAAGCUUGAUUUUGUAACCAUUCCGGAUGAUGCAGAUAUGGGCACUGCUGAUUCUCUAAGAUAUAUCAAGGACAAAAUAGAGAAAGAUGUUUUUGUUGUAAGCUGUGAUCUUGUGACAGACAUUGCUCUUCAUCAUCUUGCUGAUAUUCACAGGAGUCAUGACGCAACUGUCAGUGCUUUUCUAGCUCCUGUUCUUCAAACAAGUGCUGAUAGAGAAUUUGCCAACAACCCCAAAGCCAAGAAGAAGACGGAUAACACAGAUCAACAUGACUACAUUAGCAUUGAUUCUAGAGAAAGCAGGCUGUUAUUCUUUGCAUCAGAAGCAGAUCUUGAUGAAACCUUAGUGAUUAGAAAACCACUUUUAAAAAGAUAUCCUUGCAUCAACAUUGUGAAAAAUUUAAUGGAUGCUCAUUUAUACAUAAUAAAGAAAUGGAUUGUUGACUACUUAGCAGAAAACAAGUCAGUCAGUUCAAUAAAAGGGGAGCUUAUUCCCUUUUUGGUGAACAAACAGUUUCAGAAAAACAAGAAAGUGAACAAUGUAGAUCCAAAAUCUGGUGGCACAGUUGUAGAGGAAUUGUAUAGUGGCAGACCAGAUAUCUAUGACUUUGCCAAAGAGGAUGAUAUUAUGUCAUAUACAAGACAACUGUCAUCAUGGAGUGGCACACUGACAGACAUUGAUCACACUAACAGCAUCAGAUGCCAUACCUAUGUCAUGGAAAAUGGAAUCUGCUUGCGAACAAACACUGUUCCACUUUAUAUGGAGGCAAACAGACAGAUACCAAAGCUUCUUCCAGGGUUUACAGGCAAGGAGAUUACUCUUGUUCACCCACUGGCUACAAUUAAGCCGAAAUCACAGGUGGGAAAUGAUUGCAUGGUUGAUGAGAGUGUAUCUAUUGGAGAGAAAGUUUCAAUAAAGAAAUCUGUCAUAGGAAAACAUACAGUGAUUGGAGAAAGGGUCAAGAUAAGCAAUUCUGUGAUUAUGGAUCAUGUCACAAUCAUGGAAGGUUGCAAUAUACAGGGUAGUAUUAUAUGUACAAAUGCACAUAUCAAGAAGAAUGUUAGUCUCAAAGAUUGUCAAGUUGGAGACUCUCACACCAUUUCAGAAGGAGCUGAUUUGAAGGGAGAAGCACUGAUUGCUGAGCAAAUGAUGAACUUUGAAUAGCAAAAACAACCAGAGUAUGAUGGUUUUAAAUUGAAGAAACAGUAUCAUUUUGAUGUCUGCAAAAAAGAACACAUUGGAAUUGUUUUACACAGGGAUUCCCAUCUGGGACUCCCAAGCUGACUUAGUAAAUAAAUAUACUGUUAUCUGAA